AUGAUAUUAGCAGUGAUACCGCCACCAACACGAUCGGAAAAAUUUUGUGCUAGUUUGAAAAUCAUCGGAAGAUGUGCAGCAAGUCCAGAUGUUCAAAAUUAUAAACUUGAUAAUAUUGAUGUUCUAUAUUCAUUAUUGGAUGUUGAUAAUCAACGACUUAAUAUGAUAGUAAAAGAAAAAACUUUCACUAAUACUCUCAAUUUUGUGUUAACAACGUCAACUGAUGAAAUUUUGUCGAUUACUGAUCCAAUACUUGAUCGGUUUUGCAUUAGUAUAUUGCCUAAAAUUAAUCACAAUGUUAAAUCGCUUAUUCUUGAAUCAGAAUCUAUGGAACGUAUUUAUCUUGCUGCGGAUUAUCCUAAUUUAACUGAACUUAAACUCUUCAAUUUCACGGACAAAAUCGCUUCAUGUUAUUUUACAGAUGAAUCACCAUUUCGUCGUAUUUUUCAACAACAAAUUACAGAUCUUAUUCUUGAUUCACUACCUAAUUUGAAAUGUUUCUCAUUAACUUGUCGUUGCUACACUAAUGAAUAUGAUAGUCAAGUUUUACCUCUUCUUCAUCGUAUGUCAAAUCUUGAAGAAUUAACUUUGGAUAUUGUUAAUGAUGAUCGAACUACAUUUGUCGAUGAUGGUGGAAGUGGUGGUAGUGGUGGUGGCAUUGAAUUUGAUCUUGUUCGAUAA